AUGAGUUACCGCUUUACGCGCAGUUCGGCUACGAGCCAAACGAACUUGUCGAUCCCUGACCACGUUCCGGUUGGGGCUGUCAUCGGCAAGAGAGGCAGCUACUGCAAGGCGCUGCGAGAGAACCAUGGCGUCCACUGCUCUGUGAACGGCGACGCCCGACAGGUGACGCUGAAGGGGCCACGGACAAGCAUCCAAGAGGCAGAAGACGAUCUCGCCAAGUUGUUCGCGAGCUUUGCCAUCGACAAGAAGCGCGUCUUCGAGGUCGUGGCGCGCGACGGACCCAGUCGCCGGUGGUCCUUUGAAAGGGAGAAGAACGUCUCGAGCGACUCGCAGGUUGAGGACUAUCCGUAUCGCCUCCAGCAUUCUGGACACGCAGUUGAGACUGCCAGCGUCAACACGUCGUGGAUCCAGGAGUUUCUUGAGGACGACGUGGCUUCAGUCAUGAGCUACCUCGCGGACAAGCCGACAGGGCCCCCGACCAAGGUUAAGCUCGCAUUUGGGAAGCUGUGCUUCAAGCUGAAGUCCAUUCGCUAUGCGAACUCGACCAUCACCUGGCCUGAGUUGCAGAAGCUGCGCAAUGGUGCUGACUUCUCGACUCGUUGGUCGAAUUACUGCGGACGGACGUCACCGUCGAUCGCAGCGCUAAUGGACGAUCUCGAGGAGCGGAUGGAGAAGGACGUGGAGCCGCGUAACUCCCUUUCGGUGCACCUGGCAGACAAAGAAGGCAACUCGUACGACCUGAAGUAUCACCUCGUCGAUGGCCAUUGGGAACUGAACAACGCUUACAGCGGGCGCCAUGUGCGCGGCACCUACGACGUGAUUCUGAGCCACGACGCCUCUCUCCGCCUGCGCGCCGUCACGCGAGAGGAGCUCUCCGAAAAUGCUGCUGCUGGCAUCCAGCGCCAUCUCGCCAUCUCCAUCCCGGACAACGAUGACUUCUUCGGGACUCAAGUGAGUGUGAGUAGCGGGCUGUACGUCAAGUCAUUCGAGACGAGGACGAAAAUGCACGUGGACGCAAACGGCCUUCGCUUCUCUAUCUGCUACCUGGACAAGCGUCAGAAGGAGUUUCGACUCGAGUGUCGCUUGUCGACAGCGGAGAAGCAGAAGCUGGCUGCGAACGACAACGAUGCGCAGAUUCUGUUGGAGAAGGCGCUGCAGGUGCUCUCGUAA